UUCCUCCGCGGGGCAAGAUGGCCGCGCCGGGAGCGGAAGCGCAGCUGAGGGGGUGGUAGGCCCUGCGCCCCUCGGCCUGUGCCCGGGGCUCUGCAGGGCGGAAGAAGGCAACUCCAGGAGUUCCUGGCUUUUCUCGCCGUGGCCAUGGGGACGUCCCAGUAGAGCCUGUGCCCCGAUUGGCAGCCUCAGCGUUUCGAAGCCCUGACCCGGAGCCUCCCGGAGGUCUGCAGAGUAAGCACCGCCUCUGCGCUUCGACCGAGGCCCGAGGCCAGGCAAGCCCGUCCCUCUGUCCCGGCAGGCGCGACCCUGAGCACUCCAUGCCUACGGGCGCGGGGAGGCAUGGCCUCCCCCGGGGCCGCCGCCUCUGCUGGUUGCUCUGCGCUGUCACCUUAAAGCUCUGCCAAGCGGAGGCUCCCGUGCGGGAGGAGAAGCUGUCAGUGAGCACCUCAAAUUUGCCGUGCUGGCUGGUGGAAGAGUUUGUGGUGGCAGAAGAGUGUGCUCCGUGUUCUAGCUUUCAAACUAAAACCACCCCUGAGUGUGGUUCCACAGGGUAUGUGGAGAAAAUCACGUGUAGUUCAUCUAAGAGGAAUGAGUUCAAAAGCUGCCGCUCAACUCUGAUGGAACAACACUUAUUCUGGAAGUUCGAAGGGGCUGUUGUGGGUGUGGCCUUGGUCUUCGCUUGCCUUGUCAUCGUUCGUCAGCGACAGCUGGACAGAAAGGCUCUGGAAAAGGUCCGGAAGCAAAUAGAGUCUAUAUAGUUACCUUCUACCCUUUUAUAUGGGUCUUGGAGACCAUACUUAAGACAGAGAAAGUGGAAUGGACUGACUUGUGCCCCUGGGUCUUUGAAACCUGUGGUGGUACCCGUUUCUCCCAUCUUCCUGUCUACAUCACUAACAAGCAGAAUAAAAAGAGCAAAAUAGUUUC